AACGGAAUGAACGAUUAGACACCACCUACGUUUUAGUGUAGUGGGGGGAAUUUGCAGACGUUCCCUUAUUUGCGCUAGGCAAUGAAAACGCAUUGGAGCGUUUUUAAGCAUAAUUAUCCAGUCACACCAAGCGUUGACUGUUCCGAGUGCAAUGAUUUAUGAAAGUAUAGUGUUGUUAUAUACCUUUUAACCCAACUUUCUAGUGAUAUCUUUGUAAGAUUGUCGCCUGCAGAGAACGUGGGUAAGAGAAACUGAAUAUCGAACCUAAAACGAACUUUACCCCGCUGUGAAAACGCUGAGUUUUUCCCGGGCUAGAUGCGAUCUAUAAUGGGCUCCCACGCAUUGUAUAUCUCUUGUACCCGCGACUUGUUUUCGGCUGAUUAAACUGAAGCUAUAUUUUUAGUUGCCAGCAAUUUUUAACCUUGGGGACUAUCAGAAGAAUUUCUCGCUGAGCAUCCGGACGGGUUCCAAUGAAAAUGCACGGGAGAAACAGGUACAACCUGGUGGACGAUGUGGCGGAUUCCCGAGUCCCGCUUCACAACGAGGAAGCGUAUCAACACGGAAUACAAUUUCAAGCAAAGUAUGUUGGCAGCCUGGACGUCCCAAGACCUAACAGUCGCAUGGAGAUUGUUGCUGCUAUGAGAAGAAUCAGGUACGAGUUCAAGGCAAAGAGUGUCAAGAAGAAGAAAGUGACCAUCGUGGUCUCAGUGGAUGGAGUCAGAGUGAUGCUGCGCAAGAAGCCCAAGAGGAAAGAGUGGACAUGGGAUGAGAGUAAGAUGGUGGUUAUGCACGACCCCAUAUACAGGAUCUUCUAUGUGUCUCAUGAUUCUCAGGAUCUGAAGAUUUUCAGCUACAUUGCUCGUGACGGAUCGAGCAACUCAUUCAGAUGCAAUGUGUUCAAGUCCAAAAAGAAGAGUCAGGCCAUGCGGAUAGUGCGAACUGUUGGUCAGGCGUUUGAGGUGUGCCAUAAGCUGAGUCUGCAGCAUGCUGAGCAGAAUGCAGAUGAGCAGCCAGACGGCCCUGCAGAUGGACAGAGUGAUCAAUCUGGAGAAGAGCCCAGCACUGAAGGUCGGCAGCUGACAGGAAUGGAACAUGAAACGGAUGAUGUAACAGGAACGGAGUCACAUGCGAAGCUCAGUGAGCAGGCUAUGGAUGACAUCCUUCAAAGCCUGUCAGAGCUCAACAUAGUGAAACCUGGACAAACCCUACAGUCUUCGCUAGACUUGGAGGGUGUUUCUCUCUACACAUUGUCUCCCAGCAGUCCUUGCUCUCCUACUCUCACACCUUUGGCCACCCAACAUCACCUGCAGUUACUCCAGCAACAGUUGCUACAGCAGCAACAACAAACACAGAUUGCUGUAGCACAGGUGCAGCUCCUGAAGGAUCAGCUGGCAGCAGAGACGGCGGCCCGCAUGGAGGCGCAGGCCAGAACUCACCAGCUGCUGCUACAGAACCGAGAUUUACUGCAGCACACAGCCCUGCUGGUCAAACACCUCAGCCAACUGGAGAUCAGAGUCAGUGAAGCAACGCAGAAAGAAGGAUCAACAUGGAGUAGCAUCCCCACUCGCUCUCUCUCUCUAAACCUGAAGAACCUUUACACUCCUCACUCAGACCAGCCCAUCACCUCCACUCCAGCAGGGCAUUCAGAAAACCCUCCUGUCUCCUCCCACACUGAGUCCUACCUCAAUCUCCUUAACCUGCGUGGUGUACUACCCACCAUUACAGCCAAUGGGAAGACAGAGGAUGCAAGAAGUGAAGAGGGAUUGAAUGCAGCAAGAAGGGAAGUUGCUAAGCUAGGUACUCGGAAUUCGAUUGCACUUGAUGAGAGGUUUAAACAAAUCAUCCCUAAGUUGGACCCUCCUCCCCAGCCCCUUAACCGCAAGCGCUCAAGCAGGACUCUCUCUCCGGGUGUGGAGGUGGAGAUAAAACCUGCAGCCACGCCCAUAAAUGAGGCUGAACUCCCAAACAUGAACAGUAGCUCCUCCUUUUGUAAUAUCACCCUUUGCUCUGUUUCACCUGAGGAUUUCUACUCUUUCACAAAUAGCUACAGUGUGUCUUGUUCAGCCAGUGAGGAUUCUGGUGUACGCUCGGAUGACAAAUCCCUAGUUUCGCCCCAAUCCAUAGAUGACCCAUCUAAUGACCAGAGCUCUGCUUUCAUCUCUACAUCCAGCACCUGCAGCAGCUUGCCUGAGGAUCAUCCACCAGUGGAUGGUGGGACUCCACCACUUUCUACAACACCCGCUGGUUAUGAGCAAACAAUCCCAUUGUCUUCGCCUGUGAAUGAAACCUGCCUUCAUAUUAGCUUGAGUGAAGAUGAACAUCUGGAGGACAGCACCUAUAAUGUCGCUACUCCAUGUAGGAGUUAGAGUUGGACCAAUCAACCAAUGGUUUCACUGGAACAUCGUAAGAUUUCACAAUAGUGAUGGAACUCCAAGCCACAGAUUUGUUGUAGAAACAAAUAAAGGAGAAAAGGGAAUAAUUGACUACUGAAGCUUCUUCAUGGCCUGAUGGAAUACUAACCACUCCCUCUCAUUGUAUUUUGCUUAUUGAAUUAUGCAAAUCUUUGGCUUCUUGAUCAAUGACUCUGUACUGACUUGUAUUCCGUAUGCUACCUUCUGUAGCAUAAUAAAAUGACAUCUUCCUUUAUUUGCAAUGCCUUAAAAGAUUUGUAUCUAUACAACAUUGCUGAAAGAACAUAUAGUAUGAUACAGAAUAGAAGACUAUUGACAGAUGGAUAGAGUGUAUUUUUAUAGACUGAUUUUUUUUUAUUUUAGCCUUUAAACAAGCAAUGAAUGGAGGACUUGGACACAUACUAAGAUGCAUAGGAACUGCUUUUAUUAGUGCCACCGAUAAUUGUGAUGUGUAUCAUGAGGUAAAGGUGUGUGUGUAUCAUUUUCUAUGUUAAAAUACACGGCUUUAUGUGGAUGGACAAUUAUACGUAAGCCAUUCAAAGGUUGUUCAAAAGGCCCUAUCAAAACUUUGCUUUGCUUUGAGCAUCCCAACCAGGCUGACAUUUUGAAAUUACAUCAACCAAUGGCAUGAAUAUGGGGCAGGACUAUUUGUUUGUGUUGAGGUGAUAAAUGACACACCUCACAUUUAAAGGUAUAGUUUAAAUGUGAAAUGAAAUUUCUCUCGUCAUUUACUCAACCUCAUGCCAUCCCAGAUGUGUAUGACUUUCUUCUCCAGAAUACAAAUUAUGAUUUUAAGAAGAAUAUUUCAGGUCAGUUGGUCCAUUCAAUGAAGGUCUAAAUAACACACAUAGCAAUCAGAUAAGUAAUCCAUAUGACUCCAGUGUUUCAAUCCAUAUCUUAUGAAGUGAUAUAAUAGGUGUGGGUGAGAAACAGACCAAUAUUUACGAAGUCCUUUUUUUGCUAGAAAUUCUUCCCCAUGCCCUGUAGGAGGCGAUAUGCUCAAAUUAUUUGAAUCACCAAAAACACAAGAAGAAGAAAGUUAAAGUUAAAGUGGAGAAUGACUGAGCAGGGAGGAAAAUUGAGAGUUAAAAAAUAAAGACUUAAAUAUUGAUCUGUUCCUCACCCACACCUGUGAUGAGAAAUGAUUAGAGAAUUUUCCUUUUUGGGUGAACAAUUCCUUUAAGUUGUUGGGCACACAGUGUGUGAUUUUUAUAUCAGUUCAGCGCCAAUGUUUCUACUGAUGUUUGCUGCAAUGCAAUUGUAUUUUAUAUUUUUUUCAUGUUCUUUGUAUGUUAAAGAGUAGUUAUAUAGCAAAGAAAACCCAGAGCAAUAGAAAAAGUAAGGAACUGGUAUGUUAGCAUAAGAGACAGGACUGUAAAAUCUCUGAACGGGUAGUUGAGGAACAUAUAGAAUGUUGACGUAAAAAUACAAUCAAACAUGUGUGAACAUGUGCAAAUUGAGGUGAAAUAAGGAUAUUCUUUCAAGAAUUCACAACUGUACACUUGCAGGCAUUUUUGUUUUAUUCUGUGAAAUGUGAAAUUGAAUAGCUAAACAAGGUAGAGUGGAGGCAGAAAAAUUAUGAAUGAUUAUAUCUAGACAUCUUGAAAGGCAGAACCUUCCUCUCUGAUUUCAUGGUUUUACCAAUCAAGGUAAAAUUAGGCAAGAUAAUUAUCACUUUUUCCAGGUGGAAAGGCUGCAAAGAAAACAGACAGAGAGAGUAGAGGUAUUGCAUUAGCAAUAGAUGUAAUAAUUGUCACAUCCUUUUAACAUGUAUUCCCUACACAGAUGUCACUGCCUUUCUCAGUAAACCACUGGCAUAUUGUGAUCACCAUAAUGAUCCCUUUUUCAAAUAAACCACCAGAUCAUCUGCUUAGGAACUUUUUUGAAUCAAUGGAUCAAUUCAACAGAGAAUGUUGUUAUUAUAAGUAUGUCAAUAAAUUCAAGCAAACAGAAACAAGCACCACAUACAUAUAUGUCUAAUUCAGAUAAUAGCCCACUCUCUUUAAAACUGAUUUACAAACAAAAUGAAACACUAUUUAAAAGGUAAUCAUAUGAAAUACUUUUUGACCUAAAACUGUGUAGUAAAAGUGCUACUUACCGAAAUACUGAAAAAUCACUGUAACAAUAAGACAUGCAGUACAGACAGCAGUGGAUUUGUGAAUCAGGCAUAAGAGGGGGAAAUGCAUCAGGGUGAAUAAUAAUGAAAAGAAGCAGAUUAAAGGACCGUUGGAAAGAAGGAUGAAUAGGAGGGAUUUGUGUCAUUAUAAAAGGAAUUGUGUGUGAGCAUGUGCUUUUUGCUGAUAUAGGUUAGCAGGACACCAUAAAAGACAAGGGAAGGUAGAGAGAGGGAGAGAAAAGAGUAUGAGAAGGAGAUGGACGAGAGAGAAAAGAAACUGUAUUUUGAAUUGUUUUGCAGCUACAGCAGCAACAAUAGCAAUAAAAGAAAUGAACAAAUAAAACAUGGCUAUUUUUUCUUGGUGCUCAAAAAGUUUGACACAUUUCAUUAGCUCAUUUCCUAUUCAAAAUUCCACAAAACAAAAGUAUCUUUUUUUAAAUAGGCACUAUCACUAAAUAAACACAGAUAUUCACCAGUUUUAAUUAUGGAAAGCAAAAUAACAAUACAUGUUGAUAUUUUUUAAAUUGCCAAAUGAUAUUACUGAGUGACAGCAAUAAGGGUACCCUCCAUAGAAGUAGUGAGAAUAAAGCAUACUAGCCAAAUCAUGACCAAUAGUGUUAGUUUUACUAUAAUUUCCCCCAAUUCAUCUUAUCAGUAUUCCUCUUUAUCAACAAUGUGGUAUUCUGGUCAUUAAUGUAUCUCAAAUUCUUGUUUGUCAAAAGGUUUAACCUUGUUUGUUCCCUUUUCUGUUGUUACCCCCAAAUUCUGGAACAGUCCCCAUUCACGUGUGGUCAGCUCCAUCUCUAGUUGUUUUUAAAUCUUCACUAAAAACAUAUUUUUACUGUUUAGAUUUUGCUCAAUUCAUUUUAUUACUUGUUUAUUUGUUUUUUUCUAUAUAUAUUUACAGUAUCUUUUUAAUUUUUGGAUUUAUUGGACUGUUUUGAUUAACUGCUGUUGUUUUUAAAUGUGCUUUAUAAAUUAAUUUUGACUUCGACUUGACCUCUAGCAGUUUAGUCCUCCAGAUCUGUCAAAUAGCUCAUUUAUUAACUCAAUGGGGAGAAUUGAAAAAAGCAAAGUGAUUUUAGACAUUCAUUGAAGAAUAUUUAAAUACAUAUCAAAUAUGCUUUUAAAUCCUCUAACACCAACUUUGACCAUAAUACUUCUACGCAAAACAGGAUCUUAGGACCAGGACCUAUAUACUAGAAAUCAAAUAUGAUCCCUUCACAAAAACUGGGUCCUGGCAGGCUGUGGGAAUCCCCCUCCACAUACCACAGAGAGCAGGGAAUCCUUUUCUACAGGAGGGAUACUCAUUUCACAAGGGGACACAUGAUAUUCCUCUUACUACAUCCUUGAGAGAAGGAGUAGAGGAGAAUGACUCUAAAGGACAAAUGCAUGAAAGAGAAGGAAACUCUUCAGUCCAAUCGAUAAAGCUCAUGUAAGCCUUUCUCUAUUACUGCAAUUCUGGGCCCCUGAGUGCUGCACUGAGCAUCCUUUCCACUCUCUCCCCCUUUUAAACUCUCACAAGACUAUCAAUACACAUAUUGUACCUGCUGUGAUGGGUGUAGAAUAACUUGGGUGAGAGGAAAAGAA